UUCGUUGUUGUUAAAUUGCUACGAAACCGAUCUGCAUCGAGCGCCCCACUACAUUGCAUCCGUUUAGCUCUUCUUUGAUCUGAGCGCUUCCGUCAAAUGGGUAGCCUUGGGUCAUCCCCGCCAGUUGAUACGUUCCAGCUGUAUGAUCUGCGUGUCGAGGUCAUAUGCCCGCCAGGGGAACGAAUGCUAUGUGGAGCGAAAGAGGGCGACCAUUUUGUCCUCGAAGGAGAAAUGCUUCAUCUACCUCCUGGACAGGCAUUCUCCAUUUACUCGCUCAGUGCUGUUUUGCCGCUUCUAGCAGCUAAGCAGCGAGUCACUCAUCCAAAUGAUUGGAUGAGCACGGAUGCGGAGGUUGCUUGUCCCGAUCCAAAUUGCAAGUCUAGGUUGAAGAUUUUGAGGACAGGAAUUAGGACAUUCAGCCAUGCUGAAGUUACAGUUCUUCCCCUUGUACCCCAGGGCCACGGUCAGUCUAGCGCUGAAUCGGCGCUAGCGGCGGCCUGAUGGAGAGACGAAGAAGUUCAAGAAACGGCUGGAUCGCGGCGGCCUUUUUUGCAGGGUAUUCAUUGAUCAAGAUCGGCUGUGGACCCUUUGCAAAUAUACGCUGGGUGUGCACUGGCAGGCCUGAGGAUGUUACGGUCAU